GUCGUCGUCGUCGUCGUCGUCAUCGUCGUCGUUGUUAUCGUCAUCGUCAUCAUCAUUAUUAUUAUUAUUAUUGUCGUCAUCUCGUCGUAGUUAUUGUUGUGUCGGCGCCGAUUACCCGCGACGGUCGUAAAACGGACACGAGGAGGAAGGCAGGAGAGAACGAUUACUAGAUCCUCGUCCCCGAGAGAAGCAGGAACAGACUCGCAGAAGGUGGCUUAAUACUGCUUUAACUUACAAGGAGAGAGAUAACGCGCGCACGGUGAUAGAGAGAGCCGCGCGACGUAUAUAUGUGUGCAUAACGUAACGCGAAGAGAGCCCGCGGAGAGGCCGCGUUAUAUAUUGCGACGAGAGAACAUACACGUACAUAACACACACACACACACACACACACACGGACGUGCGGUGGCAGUGACGACGACGAGGAGAGAAGAGACACGCGCGCGCCGGGGCGGUGCGGAGAGAGUUCGAGAAAAAGCCGGCCAUAUUCCGCGCGAGUAUACGCAACUCUCGCGUGUUCAUACGCUCCUUGCGCGUACGUGUUGCCUCGUGUUGCCUCGCCUUGCUGUACGGAGCAUCUUUUUUCUCAGCGUUCCGACGAAUUUCUUUCCCUCUUGAUUUCUUUUCCUCCUCGCGCACGUCUCUCUCUCACUCUUUCUCUGUUUCUGUCUUUCUCGCUCGCUCGCUCGUUCUCGCUCUUUCUCUCUCUCUCUCUCUCGCGCUCGCUUGCUCGCUCCUGUACCGCUCCCCCUCCCUUCCCCCCUCUCUCUCUUUCUCUUAUCAUCAUCAUCAUCUGUCUCCGUCUCGCCUGAAUUUUGAUAUACUCGUGCCGUUUCGAUUUUGACCGCCGUUUGUCCGCGUGCCGUGCUCUGUCCGCAUUCCCCCGAUCUUUACCGGUCUUCCGCUUACAUUCUCCGCCCUUCGUGUGCCUACUCGUCUAGUGUAUCUGGCUGAACGUUCGUGUUAUUUAUCUCCUCAUUUAGCGGCUAUCUAUCCGCCUCUGUCUCGCCUCGUCUCUCGCACACACUCUCUCUUUCUCUCUCUCUCUCUCUCUGUCUUUCCCCCCGCCCCUUGUAUAGCCUCACUCUGUCACUCUUUCUCUCUCUUGCUCUCGCUCGCUCGCUCGCUCUCACUCACACACACACACACACACACACACACACACACAUUCACUCUGUCCCUGUCCGAUUCUGUACUCCCCUCGCCCCCCGCGCUGCUCUCAACCACACUACGGCUCAUUCGCUCUCGGUGCUAUGUCUACGUACUCUCGUACCCAGGAGAGCGACGCGUGGGCUCUUCUGGCGUUGAAGUCGGCACCGGCCAGUCCGACGAAGAUGCAGUGGAAUCCGGAGUCGAAGGGGGCCCCGAUCGCGCGGCUCGAGGGCCGCGAGUUCGAGUACAUGGUUAGGCAACGGCGCAUCACGAUCGGCCGCAACAGCAGCAAGGGUGAGGUCGACGUCAACAUGGGCCACUCCAGUUUUAUCUCGCGGCGGCACCUCGAGAUUUAUUACGAGCACCCGUCCUUCUACAUGGUGUGCAACGGCAAGAACGGCGUGUUCAUCGACGGCGUGUUCCAGCGUAAGGGCGCGUCGCCCUUUCAACUGCCAAAGACGUGUACGUUCCGGUUCCCCAGCACGACCAUCAGACUGGUGUUCCAGUCGCUGCUGGACGAGCAGGAGCAGAGCAACGUGCGCGUACCUUCCCCGCCGAAGCAGCGCGUGCCGCUGCCGCCGUUGCGCAUCAACAUACCGGACACCGGCUACAGCAGUCCGUUCCCGUCACCGACGGGCACGAUCAGCGCCGCCAACUCUUGCCCGGCCAGCCCGCGCGCCGGCCAAGGACGGAGGAACAUCUCGGCCGAUCUGCAGAUGGUCGCCGCUGCGGUGGCGUACGAUCCGCAGAACUCCAGCCUGGAGAGGCACGACGGCGGCCAGAGCUCCAGCAGGCAAUUGAGCCCGGAGCCGGAGACGCGCUUCCGCGGCGGGAACGGCUCAGGGCCGAACGGCACUGCGCCGCACUACAGCCCGCCCAAGGACGACUCGAAGCCGCCAUAUUCAUAUGCACAGCUGAUCGUCCAGGCGAUCGCUUCCGCGCCCGACAAGCAGCUCACCUUGUCGGGCAUCUACUCCUACAUCACCAAGAACUACCCGUACUACAGGACCGCCGACAAGGGCUGGCAGAACUCCAUCCGGCACAACCUCUCGCUGAACCGUUACUUCAUCAAGGUACCGAGGAGUCAGGAGGAGCCUGGUAAGGGCUCCUUCUGGAGGAUAGACCCUCAGUCGGAGGCCAAGCUGAUCGAGCAGGCCUUCAGAAGAAGGCGGCAGCGCGGCGUUCCCUGCUUCCGUGCUCCCUUUGGGUUGUCAUCCAGAAGUGCACCAGCCUCGCCGUCCCACGUCGGCAUCAGCGGCUUGAUGACUCCCGAGUCGCUGAGUAGAGAAGCAUCACCCGGCCCGGAGUCCUAUCCGGACAGUUCCGUGCCGUCACCGGCGGGGCAGUUGACGACGAGUCAGUCGGCACCUGGCUCACCGGGCCAUCCUUACACGUCGACGUCGCAGACGACUCACAAAGGACGCCUGAUGCAGCAGGUUACCGUUGUGACAAACGGUGUCAACAGCGACGCCGGAAGAGAAGGCGCUUCGUCUCUCGAAACAGAGAAAUACUUGGUGCCAGGAAAUGCUGUGGAGGACCAUUCUUUGUCACCGGCUGGUCAAUACAGUCCGGCUCCUGUUAUUGUACAAACGACAUAUAAUUACAGUAAUAGUGGAACUUUUAUCGGCCCUGACGCUGGCGUUGGGGUCAACAAGCGCGCGCACGAGGAGUCCGACAGUUCGCCGGAUUCACCGGCUCCGCUUGCGAUCGUUGAGAGUCCCGAGCCGCCCGAGCAGCAGCAGCAGCAGCAACCGAAACGUCAACGUAUCCAUGAUAUGGACGAUCAUUGAAUUAAUAUACUUAGCAUCCUGUUACGUAGGACAUUAUGUUACAUUGCAUUAUUUUUGCCUAUCGUCGAACACACCGCAAACUUCAUCUUACUUUUAACUGCAUAACUGCUUUAGACUGCACAUAGUAACUGAGAUUGGGCAUCGGUUAGCGGCGCGUCUCGCCUUCGCAAGAAGCGAGCAACACCUUGUGUGAGCGUGUGUACAUGAGUUGCGCAGAAAAGAGAGAAGAGGGCUCAACUCUCGAGCGAGGAGAGAGAGCGAGAGAGAGAGAGGAGGAUGGCAAAAAUAAGAAUAUUUUUUCCUUAUACUUUCAGAAGUUAUGUUUUCAUAACAUUAUUUUCGCCGGAGAAAAAAAGUCAAUGUACAUAAAAUUAUGAGCACUCUAUUAAAUGCUUUCUCUUUACGAUUUGUUAACUCAGAGACAUGGAAGGAUACGGUACAUACAUACACGUACAUGUGCAUACAUAUACGCGUGUGUGCGUGUGUGUGUAUGAUGUAUGGACGUUGCGCGCGCGCGCGCGCGCGCGUGUGUGUGUGUGUGUAUGGUACGUAUGUAUGUAUUGUACGUAGUUUAUUCGCUCGGUGAUCGCCGAAGUAACAAGGCAUUGUGCUGACGCGUCGAAUUGCAAUAAUGUGAUGCGUGUGCCAUUCAGCGUUUUAGCGGAGUUUGUAGAUGGGUGGGUGAAGAAAAAAAAGAGCAGACAAAAGGGGAGAGAAAAUAUAAUCCGAUUCCAAUCCGAUUAGACGAGACGAGAGGGAGAAAGGGGCAGAAUGAUCAUUCGCGACUAAAUUCGCUGACCGACAUUCGCGUCAUCCACACGAUUUUCCUGCGUUUCCGUGUUACUGCUUGCAUCGAGCUGGCGCGGUCGUUGCGCUUGAUGAGAAAUUAACAAUUAUGCAAAGUGGCAAGAGAGAGGGAGAAAACGGAGAGAGAGAGAGAGAGAGAGAGGAAGAGAGAAAGUAUGAGGGAGAGAGGGGUAGUCGUGAAUAUAUCUGUAUAUUCACGAAGAAAAAAAAAAUAUAUAUAUAUAUUACAAUUAGUGUUCUUAAUUUAAUACGCUCAAUCGAAUGUUCCAUUUGAAGAUGAUGAAACGAGACACGGAAUUUUUAGACUAUCAAUGUAGAGGAAGAUGAGGAGGAGGAGAGGGUGGCACCCCCUGAAAUAUUCGGUGUCGUAUUCCGAGCGUGGCAAGGAAGAGGACAGUCGGAGGAAGGAGCAUUUAGAGAACGAUGAGCUUUCGAAAUGUUGAUAUGGUCUCUGUUGGGGAGAGCGAGAGUGAGAGAGAUUGUUACCAUGGCCAGAGGAAACAAAUAGAGCCUUAUAAUGUUUUACAUAUAAUUAGCGUGUAAGAAGAGAAGACCGGGUUCUAUAUGUAUGAGUUGCGUACGAUGGAAUCACAAGUCGGCCGCGACGGCUGCACACAGGCACACAUUGUAUUACACGGCGAGAUUCCCCAAGGAACGCGUCGCAGGAUCGGGCGAAAAGAGGUCCCGCCGAGAGAAAACCUCCGGACACACAAUUUCCCGUCAUCCCGAAGAGUCGCGACGACCUUGCGCGUCGAACUCGCGCGCGCGGGAUGGUUCACCUAAUUUUAUCAUCUAAAACAGCCUUCUUAUUUUUAACGUUAGAGAAGAAACUGUUUCAGAUAAGGAGAGCUGCAAAAAUACGUGCGUGAUACUUUGUAAUGUGCGUUCCGCAUGACGUUGCUAUCGAUGAUGAUUGAUGAUGAUGAUGAUGAUGAUGAUGACGAUGAUGAAGAAGAUGAAGAUGAUAGCGGUGGUGAUUAUGACGAUGAUGAUGAUAAUGAUGAAGAAGAAGAAGCUAGAUCCGACAGCUAAUUUCUCUCGAUCGGUUCGCUGUUUGUGUGCAAUCUUAGUUAAUCGUAAAUUUCGUAGAACAUCGGAGCGUUAAAGGGACAUGAGCGAAAACAAAAAGCAAAAGAAAAAGAGAAGAACAAGGAGAAACCUGAUACGUAGCGAAUAGCAUUUACGGGGGGCCGGUGUCUCGAUAAUAUAUAGUUGCGUUUACAAAAUCGCGGUAGAGUUUUGCGGUGCGAUGAAACGAGAUUUAUUUUUUUUUGCACCUUUCGUGAGGACGUGUGUACGACGACGACGACGAUGAUGACGAUGACGAUGAUGAUGAUGAUGAUGAUGAUGAUGAUGAUGAUGAUAAUGAUGAUGAUGAUGAUGAUGAUGGUGUUUAUCUGAAACGUUAUUUUUCUAUAGUUGGAAAUACACGAGCACUAUGGAGAGAGGUUUUGGAUGAUACAAGGUAGAUGGACUACGCUGUACAGUGUUGACACAUACGCAUCAACGACGGACGUAUGUUUACUAUUAUACAUAUACGUACAUACGUGUGAUGAAAAGGGAGAAAGAAAGGAGGACGGGAGAGAGAGAGAGAGAGAGAGAAACAGAUACAUAUGUAUACACAAUGUAUACACGCCAUGAUUAGACGUGCAUGUGUGGUGCGUGAGAGGUCACCAUGUCACAGGCAUUUGCGUAUAAUUUUACACACACACAAAACCAUCGCAAUAUUCGUACGCAUGUAUGUGUGCAUAUGUAUAAUAUCGCAAUAAAAUUAAUUAAUUACUA